AUGUCACAGACCAAUUUCUACAUAUUAUUAGGACUUAUACAAGACAAAUUAAAAAAACACAGCAUACGUGAGUCUAUAAGUCCAGAGCAUAGGCUGUUUAUUACAUUAUUCUAUUUAUCUCAAGGCUGCAGUAUGCAGGUAGUUGCAUGGUCCUUUUUAAUCAGAAAAACUACUGUAUCUAUUAUAGUCAAGGAAACUUGCAAUAUCAUAUGGGAUGUUCUUAGUCCCGUAUAUUGUAAACAGCCAACAGUCGAAGAAUGGAAAGAAAAGGCGAACGAAUUUUACAGGAAAUGGAAUCUCCCAAACUGUUGUGGUGCAAUCGAUGGUAAACAUAUUACCAUUCAAGCACCAAAUAAAUCAGGAUCUGCCUUCUUUAAUUAUAAGAAAACAUUCAGCAUCGUUCUGAUGGCUAUUUGUGAUGCCGAUUACGUGUUUACACUUGUAGACAUCGGAGCAUAUGGCUCACAAAGUGAUGGUGCAGUAUUUUCGGAGUCAGCCUUUGGACAAGGAUUGGAAUCCGGUAGGAUAAAAUUACCAGCAAGCACACCAUUACCGAAUACAGAUAUAAAUUUUCCAUACUACUUUGUUGGAGAUGAGGCUUUUCCUCUAAAACCAUACAUUCUAAGACCUUAUCCGGGAAGAAAUUUAGAUGAAAAAAAAAAAAAAAUCUUCAAUUAUCGCCUAUCAAGAGCAAGGAGGAUAAUAGAAAAUUCAUUUGGUAUUUAUCGAGGUGGAGAAUUUUGCGAAAUAAUAUCAUUGGCCCAACAGCAAGAAUAUUGGCCUCCAAAUUUUGCCGACACUAUUGGAGAUAAUGGUCACAUUACAUGA